CACUAUAAAAUUACAGUCUUUUCGUCUCUCAUUUUCACCCCAUCCCGGACAACUUUCUUUCUCCAUCUUCUCUAUCUCUCUCUCUGAAUGGCGACGUCUGCUCUGAAUCCUAACGCUCCGGUCUUCGUCCCGACGGCGUAUCGUGCGGUGGAGGACUUCUCCGACCAGUGGUGGGACCUCAUCCGCUCCUCUCCCUGCUUCCACGACUACUGGCUUCGCGAGUGCUACGCCGAUGGCGGCGAUUCCUUCUUCCCCGAUCUCGACGCCUUUGAUUUCGACGCCUUCGAUUCCGAUCUCUCCUUCCGCGGCUCGAAGCAUGAGGAGAAGAGUAGUGAUCUGGUGAGGAUCGGAUCUCUAAGAUGGAAAAAACCGCGCGAGGCGGCGGCGAUUCGGAUGCUCGGCCGGAAGGCGCCGAAGAUUGUGAACGUGAAGGUGAGUCCGAGGCUGAUCCAGCAGCCGCGGUAAUGUGGAUCGGUGUGUUCACUCACUGAGUUAGGUUACUGCUGACUCAGUAUACUUGACGAGUCGUUUGGUCAGCAUCGUUUGUACAUUUGCUUCUAAUUUACUAGUGUAUCAUGGAGUUCUGGUGUCCCGUUUCUGACUCAGUGGUGCGGUGACUUGUUUUUAUUUUCAUGUUUCAUUUCAUCAUCUUCCUUAAGCCAUAUACAGAGUAGUUGUGUUCAAUUUUGUAUUUGAAUGAAUAAUUUGGACACAAUGUGUGUGUUUUUAACUUCUUUUCCAUAACGGGGUGUAUUUUACCAUAGAAUAUGUCUAAAAUGACAUCAAUGCUACUGGUAUCAUUUGCUUACACUAAUAUCAUUUCUUGUUUGCUCCAAAUCUCAAAUAAAUUAUAUUAAAGGUC